UGGGGGCAUGGCUCUGUGUGUAAGGGUGUGUGUGUGUGAUUUACAGUUGCGCUGAUUGCAAGGAUAAUGCCAAAGUACUCGCCGCUCUGGCAGGAAGUCUCUGGCGCGCUUUCAUUCCUCGGUAGCCAAGCAAGUCGCUGCCAAAGCGGAUGUUAACUUAAAGGCACAGACAAACACACCUACACGGCCACCAGGACCCAUUGCGGCACACAUAUGCCAAACUGAACUCUAUGAUGACCAAAGGACACGUAUGGGCACCGCCUCCUGGACAGAAAGGGGAGAGUUCCGGUCCUGGGAGACCGGAGGCCGAGGCAGGACGCUACUACAUCGCGUGUUUGUCCCAGCUCACAUGCACAUAGAUACAUACAUCUGGAUGUAUUUGUGGCGGGACGAGGGGAUCGGCAAACAAUUGGAUGCUGUGGGUGAAAGUUGGCGUUGGUAUUUUGCACAUCACGGAGUACAGAGCACCACUGUAUUAAGAAGUUGCAGAGUUGCAUUAACAGUAAUUGUAUUUCCUAGAGCACCCAAGUACAGUACGUCAAUACCCAAACCUUCCUAAGUAUUAAACGAAAAGUAACCUUCAAGCAAGCCUAAUACUUUUACAUCAUUAUAUUCUAAAUCGAAUAAAUUAU